CAGAUUUGACUCUUGCUAAUCGAUGCAUAAAUUCAAAAACAACACACUCCAACAAAACAGUCUCAAAAAAUCUUCGCGCACGUUGAGACCAAACGAAAAGACAGUCGGUCGUUACAGAGACCGGAAAAAUAGAGGAAAAUUCUAAGUAGCAUAAUGAUUUGCAUCGAAAUCGAAGGUUCUGAUAGACCGCAGAUGAGCGCGAAACUUUUUUUGAUUAAAUGAACUCUGCCCAUCGUGAAGCUGUAGAACAUUCAAUCAAUAGUGUGUCAACAAAUUGUUAAUUGUUGAUUUAAUAGUGGAGACCAGUUUGUAGUGCUGUCAGAUCAAGUUGCAAGUGUUAAAAAGUUGAACAAUUCUUUAGUGAAGAUGUUUGUUCAGUGGUUUUAAGUGAUUUUUUCUUGUCAAGUGGAAAUACUCACAAAAUUGUGUAUAGGGAAUCUGCAACUUAUUUCAGACAAGGCCAGAUAUUUAUGAGGAAAAAUCAAGAAUCUGGAAGUACCUCUCCAAGUGCCUGAACAUCUUACAAAAUGUGCCCAUGUGAAUCUUUGAAAAAGUUCUCGAUAUUGUGUUUUUUUCUCUUCUGGACUCAUCUUCAGAACAGUGUGUGUGGUAUGAAAUUAGGACAAUUAGGACAUAGACAAUAUUACAGUCCGAGUUUCGGUCCUGUGGUGAAUUCGAAUCGAAGUCCUUGUCCAAAUAUUUUCGAGUACAGAUACGAUGAUAAUGGCGUACUUUUCGGAUUUUUGCAAAUUCCUAUACCAGACGCCAACGUGUUGGAACUCAGAGUUGAAUUUGUAGUUGCUAACCGCAUUGGAAAGGGGCAAGAGGGGACUAUAACACUUCCUUAUACUAGCAAAGAACAGAUCCUGCGGAAUAUCCAGAGUAGAGUCCCCCUGAACUACAGGGUGAAUUUCCCAUCGUGGCAGGGACUUCCACCAAAAAUCACCAAAAUCGUGUUCAACGGUGAUGUUAUCUGUUUUGGCGAACCAUAUACACUGAGUACUGUUCCUGUUCUGACAACAAUACACCUGCUGCACAAGCUCAACAUAAACGUGACACCUCUUGUGGCAAGUCCAGCUUUCGAGCAAGCUACCUUCUUCAACAACGACAACGUGAACAAAGGAUUCGAUGGAAGAAACAGAAUAGACAAAUCAGUAAUCGACAACCCUGACAAUCCCCUAAAUUUCAGACCAAAAGGCACAGUGAAGUCUCCCAACAUCGUAUCACCAUAUUCUGGCAAUCCCUUCUUGAAUAAACUGUCAUCCACCACCAACAAACCCCUUGAUCAAGGAAACCCCUUCUUCAUAUCAACCCUUCCAACGGUCGAAAUCUUGGACAUAACGCCUAAAGGAAUCAUUACUGUUUCACCUAAGAGACAACCUAACCAAGACCCAAGCCUAUCCAGCAGGGACAGCACCUCCCAGUUCAUCAACGAGGUUUGUGGCUUACCGAUCAUCACCAAUUCCUUGAUCUUGCAUGGAACAAAGGUGUCUAGAGGAGCUUACCCUUGGCUUGUUGCUAUUUUUCACACUACAGACGUUGGCUUGUCCUAUAAAUGCACCGGAGUUUUGAUAUCCAAGAGACUUGUCGUAACAGCCGCACAUUGCGUAAGGAAAGACGAUAGAACCUUGCUGUCCAACAAAAUCGUUAUGGUCCUUGGAAGGACGAACCUUCAGCAGUGGGAGGUCUCUGAUGGGGUGAUGAUAGGUGAGGCUGAAGACGUACACGUCCAUCCCAACUACACCACUCAGUCAUCAGACGCAGAUAUCGCAGUGUUGGAGCUGAGGAAGGAUGUAGUCUUCUCCUUGACCAUAAGACCCAUAUGCCUUUGGGAUGGGGACGAUGAUCUGGGCUUGGUCGUUGGUAAGACUGGUUUGGUGGUUGGUUGGGGUAAAGACGAGAAUGGUUUGAAGUUCUCACCAGAACCGAAGCAGAUAGAGCUGCCUAUUGUGAGUCAAGAGCAGUGUUUGAGGUCUGGUUAUGCAUAUAGGGAUAUUACGUCAGAGAGGACUUUCUGUGCUGGAAAUCGUGAUGGAAGGGGACCCUGCAACGGAGACAGUGGGGGCGGUUUCGUAAUGAAGAAAAAUGGUAGAUGGUUCCUCCGGGGUGUUGUUUCUAUGUCACUUUCGGAUGCUCAUGCCUCUUGCGACCUCUCAAACUACGUGGUCUUCACUGAUGCCAGCAAACACAAGGACUGGUUGCUUAGUUUCAGUUGAUUUGUUUCUCGUUAUUUAUAAUAUUUAUAUAGUAGGUAAUAAAUUAUUGGAAAAUU